AUGUCUUCUGUCGACAUCAACGCCAUUGAGGAGAAGAUGAGAAUGGCUUCCCUCGACCAGCACCGCGGUUACGCCCAGAACACCUUCGGCGAAGUCCAGCAGUUCCGCAACCCGGAUCCCAUUCCCAAGUCCCAGGCCACUGGCUACCAGGUCCUCAAGGAGCCUCUCUGGAACAAAGGUCUCUCCUUCACCCCCGAGGAGCGUGUCAACAAGAACCUCACCGGCCUCAUCCCCCACACCAUGGAGAGCCUCCAGACGCAAUGCGAGCGUGCCAUGAAGAUGAUCAACACUCGCUCAACGCCUGUUGACAAGUACCUCUACCUGUCUUCCCUCAAGGCCCAGAACUUCGACCUGUUCUACCGUCUGCUGAUGGACAACAUCCGCGACCUCAUGCCCUUGGUCUACACCCCUACCAUUGGCGACGUCUGCCUGCAAUACUCGACCCUCUACACCCGCCCCGAGGCUCUGUACAUCUCCAUCAAGCAGCGCAAGUCCAUCCGCACCAUGCUCCGCAACUGGCCCUACCCCAACCCUGAGAUUUGCGUCGUCACCGACGGCUCUCGUAUCCUGGGUCUUGGUGACUUGGGUGUCAACGGUGUCGGUAUCUCCAUCGGCAAGCUCGCUCUGUACACCGGUGCUGCUGGUAUCCACCCCGAGAACACCCUGCCCAUCGUCCUCGACACCGGAACCAACAACGAGAACAACCUGAAGGACCCCUUCUACCUCGGAAUCCGCUCCAAGCGUGUUUCCGUGGCCGAGCAGCAGGCUUUCAUGGACGAGUUCAUGGAGGCUGUCGCCGAGGUCUACCCCAACAUGACCGUCCAGUUCGAGGACUUCGAGUCCGAGAAGGCCUUCAACUACCUCGACCGCUACCGCAACAAGUACCGCUGCUUCAACGACGACAUCCAGGGAACUGGUGCCGUUGUCUUGGCUGGUUACAUCAACGCUGUCGAGCUCUCCGGUGUCCCCAUCGAGGAGCAGCGCCUGGUCUUCAUGGGAGCUGGCUCCGCCGGUGUCGGUGUCGCCAAGCAGCUCGUCGAGUACUACACCAAGCGUGGUCUCAGUGAGCAGGCUGCUAGGGACAAGUUCUGGCUGGUCGACACCAAGGGUCUCGUUACCAAGGACCGUGGUGACAAGCUCGCCGAGCACAAGAAGUACUUCGCCCGUACCGACAACAACGGCCACCAGUUCCGCACCCUGGAGGAGGUUAUUGAGUACGUUAAGCCUAGUGCUUUGGUCGGUCUCACUGCCACCUUCGGUGUUUUCACCGAGUCCGUUAUCCGUGCGCUCAAGGCUUCCGUCGAUGCCGGAGGUCUCGGCCGCCGCCCCGUCCUCUUCCCCCUCAGCAACCCCCUUACCAAGGCCGAGUGCACCUUCGAGCAGGCCAUCCAGUGGACCGACGGCACCGUCAUCUUCGCCUCCGGCUCUCCGUUCUCCCCCGUCACUGUCAAGAGCAAGGAGGGUGACUCCAUCACCUACCACCCCAACCAGGGCAACAACGUCUACGUCUUCCCCGGUCUGGGUCUCGGUGCCAUUCUCGCCAAGGCCACCAAGGUCACUGACGACAUGGUCUACACCUCCGCUGCCGCUCUUGCCGGUUCUCUGAACGCCGACGAGAUCCACAAGGGCCUCAUUUACCCCCGCAUUGAGCGUGUGCGCGACGCCAGCUUGAUCGUCGCCCGCGAGGUCAUGAAGGCCGCCCGCAGAGCCGGCGUUUCCCAGCUUCCGGAGUCCCAGUGGGUCGAGUGGGAGGAGUGGGGUGACGUCGCCCUGAACGCCUGGAUCAAGGACCGCGUCUACGACCCUGUCAGCUUUUCCGAGAGGAGCCGCAUCUAA